CCGAAUUUAAACGACAUCUCUAUCCCGAAGUUGAGCGGCUGGGCUCCCCUCGAAAGCCUUCCUACAAUUGACUACUGUAGCAUACCCGAGCCCAGCGCAGAUCACGCUGACGCUUUGUCCUCUCGACGCUGUUCCUACAAUAGCCCCAACGGGGCUGCUACACUUUGCGACUCGACGCUUCACACCACCGGCAUGCGGCUCCACUUGUCUGAGGGCGCUGGCGACGCCUACCGAGAGCUAAUGUUCACCCCCAGCGCUGGCGAUGCAGAUAUAAAAGCCGGCUAGCGGACUCUCAGACGUUCUCCAGCUCGCGGUUACGACUUUUUUCCUGCUCUUUUGCUCUGCUCCUCGUCUUCUUCUCUCCUCGUCUCGCUUGAUCACGAUGUUCGCCAAGGCCUUUGUCGCUGCCACCGUCGCGCUUGCUACGCUCGCGAACGCGUCGCCCCUCGCGGCGGAGCGUCGCGAUGUUACUGUUGACCCCGCGAAGUGGUACACGCUGUCGUGGGAUGGUAUGCAGUACCUCGACUCGACUAACAGCGUGCUCCAGAUCAAUCAGCACAACAGCUUCGACGACCUCGACAAGGGCACCGACAAGGGCGUGCGUUUCCGCUUCCCCGACGGUCUUCCCGGCCACAUCGUCUGCGAGGCGCACAACGACCACUUCGUCGGCGUCGCCAAGGGCUCCACGUCCUACCUCGACCAAUUCAACACCUUCCAGGACGAGGACCGCGCCGCAACCGCGGAGGCGGGCGAGAAGGGCAUCAUCAUCCACUUCGGCGACCAGUACUACGGGCGCACGAACCUCAUUGGCACGCCCGUGUCCCAGGCCGACGCGCAGGAGUGGGACGUGCGGGAGAUUUCGAUGGUCCCGCUGUAAGGAUCUUCGAAAGCCCGCUUCGAGAAUCUCGGUGGCACCGCUCUAAUGGCCAAUGGAUGUUUAAUGAAGACGACGACCAGAGUAAUGCUCGACUAGAUUGUACAUUCGCUCAUUCUAUUUAUCUAUCUAUUGGGCCGUUAUGGCCUCGUUUCCGUAC